AUGAUGAGCAAAGAGGCUCCAUUAGACAACAUCCCAGAGAAGGGAAGAACUCAUGUCCGUUUCAUAACGUUCAACAUUAAUGGAUAUAGGACAGUUUUCCAUUAUCAUCCAUGGAAUAAAUUAAGAACAUUCAAUAACAUGUUUGAUUCUCUUCAUGGUGAUAUCAUUACAUUACAAGAAAUUAAAGUAGCUGCUAAGGAUAUCAAUCAUAGUAUUGGUAAAAUACCUGGCUAUAAUGCAUUUCUUACAGUUCCUUCAUUGAAAAAAGGUUAUUCAGGUGUUGCUGUUUAUGUUAGAAUUCCCAAAAUUGAUGAAUCUGAAUCAGUGAAAGCUGCAUUAAAAGUUAUUAAAGCUGAAGAAGGUAUAACUGGUAUUUUAAAAUCACAUGAUACACAAGUUGAAUAUCGUAAUAGUGAUUUAUCAAUUGGUGGAUAUCCAAAUCUUGAAGAAGAUAUAAGUCAUCAAAUUGAUAAUGAAGGUAGAUGUAUCAUAUUAGAAAUGGGUAAUGGAAUUGUGGUGAUUUCAGUUUAUUGUCCUGCAAACUCAAUGGGUACUGAAGAAGGUGAACAAUUUAGAUUACAAUUCUUUGAAGCAUUGUUCAGUCGUAUUAGAAAUUUAGAAAAAUUAGGGAAACAUGUUGUGUUAAUGGGUGAUAUAAACAUAUCUAAAGAUUUAAUUGAUAGUGCAGAUGGUAUAAAUGAUCGAAUGAAGAUGGGGAAAUUAUUGAAAAUUAGUGAUCCUCAUAAAUUUGAAGAAUUGAAUAGAGAACAAGCUUUAAAUUUUAUACGACGUUCCUUACCAAGAAUUAUGCUGAAUGAAUUAUUAAUUGAUAGUAUUGAUCAAGAUAUGAAGUCUGAAAAAUCAAGAGUAAUGAUUGAUACUGUUAGAAAAAUACAAGGAAGGAAACAUGGAUUGUAUACGGUAUGGAAUACUUUAACAAACUCAAGACCUGGUAAUUAUGGCUCAAGAAUUGAUUUAAUAUUAGCAACUUCAACUUUGGCAACUUAUUGUAAUAAUGCAAACAUAUGGCCAUUCUUAAUGGGAUCAGAUCAUUGUCCCGUGUUUUCAGAUUUCAAUGUUGAGCAACUUGAAGCUAAAUAUUCAUUAGAUGUUAAUCUUCCCAAGCUUGAAGCUAGAUUUGUUUACAAGUUAUCUGGUGGUAGUAUUGAUUCAAUGUUUGCCAAUAUGGCUAAAAAGAGAAGUUCAUCAACCAGUCCCGAUGUGGUUGUCAAUAAUGGAAAUGAUAUAAAGAGGGCUAAACCAUCAGAACCCCAAAAGAAGAAAUCAGUAGUAAAAGCUACAAAAGGUCAAAAUCAAAUAUCCAAUUUUUUCAGAACUAAAAAAUCAAAUUCACCAUCAGAAACUAAACCACCAGUAGAUGAUGAAGAUUCAGAUGUUCAAGAGGUUUCAAAUUUUGAAUUAUCACAAUCCCUUUCACAAUCCCAAACAUCAACGAACAAUAAAACAAAUUCAGUAACCCUAGGAUCAAAUGGACAAUUUUCAAUCUCAUUUGAGAAAAUACCUCAUUGUAAACAUGAUGAACCUUGUAUAUUGAAAACAGCAAUGACAAAAGAAAAUAAAGGAAAGAAAUUUUGGACUUGUUCUAAACCAAAAGGUCAUAAAGAAAAUGAAAUAGAUGAUAUGAAAUUUACUUGUGGUUUUUUCAAAUGGAAAUGA